CCCACAACUCCACCAAUCAGACGCUUCCGCUCCCGCACCCUUCCGGGGAUCACCGGCUCCUGUGCGUGCCAGUCUCCGCGGAGGAGGGCAGCGAUGCGGCUCGGAGAGUCCGAAGAGGUCGGCGAGCGUGGAAGCCAGCAGGAGCGCAUGAGAUGCCCGGGAAUAUGAGCAAAGAGGACGGGCCGAGUCGGAGCUCCUGUUUCACGUUCACUAUCGACAGCAUCCUGAACCUGAAGCAGCGACAAGACUGUGCGCGUUUGGACGCCUUAAAGGAGCAGAGGGACUUUGUUUGUAGGAGUGAUUUUCAGAAGAGAUGCGAGGAGGCGUGGGACGUCCCGAGGAAGCGCGACUGCGAGUCAGAUGAGACAGUGAAGCCCACGGUCCACCCAGCGGAACGCGCGGAGAGCACCGCGCCGCUCACCGCUGCCUCCUCUCCCGGGGCGCAGAGCGCGCACGACCCCGAUCCGCAGCAGCAGCGGUCCGCCGCCGACGCCAAAGCCGCGAUCAAGAAGAAGACCCGCACCAUCUUCUCCAAGAGGCAGAUCUUCCAGCUGGAGGCCACCUUCGACAUGAAGCGCUACCUGAGCAGCUCGGAGAGGGCGUGCCUCGCCAGCUCGCUGCAGCUCACCGAGACCCAAGUGAAGAUCUGGUUCCAGAACCGGCGCAACAAGCUCAAGAGACAGCUGUCCACGGACAUGGAGGGCCCACUGGCCGCGGAGCACUUCUCUGAGGCGGGGAAAAACACGCAGUUGCCGAGUUUGUACAAAGACAGCAGCCUGCUGGGCGGAUGCGUGCUGCCGAUGUCUUUCCCCGUCCUGUAUCCCACCGCGAACGCUGCGCCUUACAUCUACUUCUCCAACUCCGGCAAAUAUUUUGGCCUGUUUGAUGCGGAUCGAUGAAGUUUGUUCUUGGACACUACAGGCGACAAUCAUCUGCGAUCAGUCUUUUAUAUUAUUGUUUUUUUAUUAUUAUUAUUAAAUUUCCGGACUGGUUUAAAGAAUUUCUUAACAUAUCAACAAGUCCCACACAUGCAUGUGCCACUUUUUGUCCUUUUUAUAUUAUUAUUAUUAUUAUUAUUAUUAUUAUUAUUAUUAUUAUUAUUAUUAUUAUUAUUAUUAUUAUUAUUAUUAAAUGAAGUUUAUCAUCUUCACAGAAAAGAGCAUGUAUCUAAUCUCAUCUGAUCGAAUGUAACCAAGCGACGCAUCAGUGUUAUUACUCCAAUCUUUAUUAAUACUCUAGUCUGCGCGCGCGUGUGCGUGUGUGUGCGCGCGCUUCUGAAUUUUAUAAGGCCUUAUUUUUGUUUGUGUUACGGUUUCUGUUGACUUGACCUUCGCUAAGACUGUUAAGCUGUGAAUGCUGUUCUAAUCAUGACCGCAGCACAUUUAGCAAUAAACAAUGGACCAUAUGCAAUUCC